AUUACUGCAUACCAAACACUACCUUAUUCUUUAUCAUCAUUCCCUUUUCUUAUCCCUCUUUCAUCUUCAUCUCUCUCAUCAACCUCAAACAAAUAUGGGUUCUUGUUGCAGCAAAACUGACACUACAAUCACCUCUAAACCCGUCCUACCGGAACCGCAACCCGAGAAGAAGAACAACAACAACACAGCGGCCGCCGUUGUCGCUUCACCGAAAGAUGUUUUCGUUGUGAAACAGCGAAAGAGUCAUGAAGUUGAGAGACACCCAGAUCAAGAAACCCGUAAAUCGGUUGAUCAGAAAAAAAACCCCAAUUCAAACCCUAAUGUGGAGAGUUCCAAAUCUCCGGUAAUCGGCGUAGGAGAAGGCGGUGUGUUGACCGAUGUGUUGACAGGCGGUACAGCAACGGUGAGGAUGUCGAGUUGUACGAAGGAAGAGGUGGAUGCGAUUUUGAUACAAUGCGGGAGGUUGAGCCGGAGCUCGUCCGGGGCGAAACCCGAAACGCCUACACGAGGUAGGCGGUAUUCGGGUUCGAAGAGGAGUUUUGAUUUCGAUACGGAAAUCAAGAACGAGGGUGAGACGGGAGAGGGGGAUGGGGGCUCCCGUAGACAGGUACGGGAGCCUAGGGUCUCGUCUCGGUCUGCUUCUAGAAGAAGCAGCAGGGAACGAGACCCGCAACAACAAAGAUCUGGAAGCAAAGAAAGAGGAAGUGGGGAAAGAAGAAGAGUGAGUAGAUCCCCAAAUAGAAGAUCUGAAUCACCAAACCCUAAUUCGGUUGCUGCGGGUGGUGGUUGUGGUGGUAAUCGGCCAGGGAAGAUGGUAUCGGUCCCCGCCACGGAUAAGGGUAACAAUGCUGGUGGUGCAGAGGUUGUUGUUGGAGUGAAGAAGGUUCAAGUGAAGCGAAAUGCGGGUGAGGGGGUGGCGGUAAUUGGGUCCCGGACGGCUGCAUCUCCGCGUGCUAGAUCCCCCGCUAAGGUGAAUAUUAGGGUUUUGAAUGAGAAUCAGAACCCGCAGCCGGUGACACUGAGUCGAAGCAAUUCGAAGAAGGCGGAACAUUCCCCUCACCGGAGGAAUCCGUUGGGUGAGAUCGACACCAACAUUGUUGGAUCCGAGCAACCGGGCAUCAAAAAACCAAAUGGUAAUCAAACUGUAUCGAAAACCCGAUCUUCUAGGCUGUCUCGGGAGCUAGACAUCAACCCAGAAACUUUAACCAACCCGACCCCGAACCCACCAUCCUAUGCUAGUUUAUUACUAGAAGACAUCCAAAAUUUCCACCAGAAAAAUCCGCCCACCGCUGCCAACGAUAGGCAACUCAAGAAAGACAAUGUUGCGGAGUCGGAAAAGGUGGUUAGUGAUGAUCUGAUGGAGCAAAGUUUACUCAAGUAUGUGACUGUGAGAAGGGGUGGUGGUGAUGCGGAUAGUGAAGAACAGGAAUCAUCAGGGAGUAAUAGUUUUGCGGGUAGUCAGCAACUGAGUUGGAUGUCGUCUUCUUGGGAGCCGAAUUCUGGUGAUUCAUCGGAUUGCUGGACUUCUAAAUCGCGGUCAGAUGCUAGAGAUGUGGAAGUUGAGAGAAGUGAGUAUCCGAGGAAUGGAAUCGGGCGUGGGAGGGUAGGUGGUCUUCAUGGUAGAAGUGCGUACUCGCUGCCGAACAAUGCUACCUUUGCUUCUGCAUAGUUGGUUUCUUUUGUUUGUUGCAACCUGCAACUGUGUCAUGUAUCUGAUUCGUGUUUUUAAUCUCAAAGAACCGUGAUGGCUAUUGUUUCUCAUACCGCAUGUUGUUUAUAGCAUCGAUUAGAUUCCUCUAACGGGCUUAGUUGUUUGCCAUGAUCAA